AUGCAAGGAGGUUAUUUCCACAAUCCAUCAAAUUAUCCACCACCAAAAGCACCUCAAGAACCAUAUUCUAAUCAUCAAUAUAUGUAUAGGCAUCAACAAAUGCAACAGAAUAAUAAUUAUAAUAAUUAUCCAACAGGAGCAAGAUAUGCAGCUCCAGUUGUAAGAGAACAACCACCUCCACCACUUGCAUCACGAGAUUUUAGAAAUCAAAUAACCGAUAAAAGUGGAUAUGUAGAAUGUUUGUUACAAAAACUUAAGAAGAAAAUGAAAGUAUUUAUCAUUUAG